AUAUCUAUUGCCCGAGAACAAAGCUCUUCCAACCUCGACUCUGCACCACUCACUCCACCCAAUCACCAUGCGCCUCUGAACUUUGAACCAUUCCUCUCCUCAAACAACCAUGGCCGUUCGAGCGGUCACCACCUGCUCCCUCUUCCGUCCUUCCUCUCCGCCUCUCUUCUCCUCCGCCCUCCGCCUCCGCCUCUUCUCCCGCCGCUCCCUCUCUCUCCGCCAUGCCGCCACCCUCUCCCACACGCGCUCCAUCCACUCCCUCUUUGAGACCGUCUUGGAGGAGCUCCGCGCCGCGCGCAAACGCCGCCACGACCGCGUCUCCGCCGCCGCUCCCAACAGCAUGGGAUCGUUGAAUGAAGAGCUUGUUGAAGAUAGACUUGUGAAUCGUUCAUUGCAAAAAGGGUUGCUUUUGGAAUUCAAGAAGGAUUCUGAUAGAGUAUUGCUAGCAGUAGCUCAGAGACCUGAUGGCAAGAAGAACUGGAUGGUUUCUGAUCAGAAUGAUGUCACUUCUUCCAUCAAACCGCAACAAGUGACAUAUAUUGUUCCUGGUGUUGACAAUUUUGACCAAGCAGAUAUUGCAGAUUUUGCUCAGAAGGCUCAGGAUAACAUGGACCCAUCACUACUUGAAUUUGCUUGGAUUGAGCUCCUCGAGAAGAAUAAGUCUGUGACAGUUGAAGAGUUGGCUGAGAUAAUUUUUGGCAGUGCUGAGCCCCUUGAGAGCUAUUCUGCUCAUCUCUUGCUAUCAAAAGAUGAAGUAUACUUUACUGUACUGGAGACUAAAGGAUGCCGCUCCAUUUAUGGUCCUCGACCAAGUGGGCAGGUUGAGGAGCUCAUUCGUAGGAAGCUUGCAAAGGAGGCCGCUGAGAAAGAACUAAAGGAGUUUAUUGAAUUACUGACCUCUGCAAAGUCAAUGUCUUCACAAGAUAAACCUCCAAAAUCUUCAUGGACAAUUGAUGAGAAAAUUUGGAACAGAAUCGAGUCACUUGAAGCAUAUGCUAUUGAUACAUGUAAAAAUGACGAACAAAGGAAAACAGCUGGGAUGAUACUUAAGGAAAUGGGUCUGGCAAAAGUAGCAUCUUCAGCUGUUAAACUUUUGAUAGAUAUCGGAUAUUUUCCUGUACAUAUCAAUCUUGAUCUGUUGAAGUUGGGAAUUCCCACUUAUCAUUCAGAAGAAAUCAUAUCGGCUGCUCAAAGUCUUUUAUUGGACUCAUCUGAUCCAGAUGAGGUGGGUUUCAUUUGCCUGACAACAUUGCUCAAAUAUGAUUGUAAUCAUACAUAUGUUAUCUUUGCUGAAUUCAUUAUACUAAUAUUUUUAGUUACAUGGAAAUAA